CCCCUUAGGGAAACCUCAGCCGCCAUCUUAAUUGAUGGCAAACCUGCAAGCAAAUCGCGCGUAGCCGCAAAAAGAGAAAGUGUCCAGUAUCUGUGCAGGUAUAAGAUCAUGGUUAUGAAGGCUUCAGCAGAAGAUGAUGAUUCGGAAUGGGAGCUUAACAUACCUGAGAAGAUGGAAAAAAGUAACACAAGUUGGAUAGAUAUUACCCAAGACUUUGAAGACUGCUGCAGAGAAUUGAAGUUGGGGGAGUUGCUUCAUGACAAACUUUUCGGUCUGUUUGAAGCCAUGUCUGCUAUUGAAAUGAUGGAUCCCAAGAUGGAUGCUGGUAUGAUUGGAAACCAAGUUAAUCGAAAAGUUCUUAACUUUGAACAAGCUAUCAAGGAUGGUACCAUUAAAAUUAAAGAUUUAUCCUUACCUGAGUUGAUAGGGAUAAUGGACACUUGUUUUUGUUGUUUGAUAACAUGGUUGGAAGGCCAUUCUUUGGCACAGACUGUAUUCACUUGCCUUUAUAUUCAUAAUCCAGACUUUAUAGAAGAUCCUGCCAUGAAGGCAUUUGCUCUGGGGAUCCUCAAAAUUUGUGAUAUUGCCAGAGAAAAAGUAAACAAAGCUGCAGUAUUUGAAGAGGAAGAUUUUCAGUCCAUGACAUACGGAUUUAAAAUGGCGAACAGUGUAACAGAUCUUCGAGUCACAGGUAUGCUGAAGGAUGUUGAAGAUGACAUGCAACGGCGAGUUAAGAGCACUCGAAGUCGACAAGGAGAAGAGAGAAAUCCAGAAGUAGAACUUGAACAUCAACAGUGCUUUGCAGUAUUCAGCAGAGUGAAGUUUACCCGGGUAUUACUGACUGUAUUAAUAGCCUUUACCAAAAAAGAGACUGGUGCAGUUACAGAGGCUCAGAAACUGAUGACUCAGGCAGCUGACUUGCUUUCUGCUAUCCACAACUCAUUACACCAUGGCAUUCAGGCGCAGAAUGACACAACAAAAGGAGAUCACCCUAUUAUGAUGGGUUUUGAGCCCCUUGUUAAUCAGAGAUUGCUCCCUCCAACUUUUCCUCGAUAUGCAAAAAUUAUUAAAAGGGAAGAAAUGAUCAACUAUUUUUCAAAACUAAUAGACCGAAUAAAAACUGUGUGUGAAGUUGUCAAUUUAACUAAUUUGCGCUGCAUACUGGAUUUUUUCUGUGAAUUUAGUGAACAGUCACCUUGUGUUCUCUCAAGAUCACUGUUACAGACUACUUUUCUUGUGGAUAAUAAAAAGGUAUUUGGGACUCAUCUCAUGCAAGAUAUGGUGAAAGAUGCCCUGCGAUCUUUUGUCAGUCCUCCAGUACUUUCACAUAAGUGUUGUCUUUACAACAACCAUCAGGCUAAGGACUACAUUGACUCCUUUGUUACACACUGUGUUCGACCAUUUUGUAGUUUGAUUCAGAUUCAUGGGCACAACAGAGCUCGUCAAAGAGAUAAACUUGGUCAUAUUCUUGAAGAAUUUGCUACUUUGCAAGAUGAGGCAGAGAAAGUGGAUGCAGCACUUCACAGUAUGCUACUGAAACAUGAACCCCAAAGGCAACAUUUGGCCUGCUUGGGCACCUGGGUCCUUUAUCAUAACCUUCGCAUCAUGAUACAGUAUCUUCUGAGUGGGUUUGAACUGGAACUCUACAGUAUGCAUGAAUAUUACUACAUAUAUUGGUAUCUCUCUGAGUUUCUCUAUGCCUGGCUAAUGUCAACACUCAGUCGUGCUGAUAGCUCUCAAAUGGCAGAAGAAAGAAUACUGGAAGAGCAGCAGAAAGGUCGGAGUAAUAAAAAAACCAAGAAAAAGAAAAAAGUUCGUCCUCUGAGCAGAGAGAUUACCAUGAGCCAAGCCUAUCAAAACAUGUGUGCUGGGAUGUAUAAGACUAUGAUUGCUUUUGACAUGGAUGGAAAAGUGAGAAAGCCAAAGUUUGAGCUCGAUAGUGAGCAGGUUCGGUACGAGCACAGGUUUGCUCCAUUCAACAGUGUCAUCACACCACCACCUGUACACUAUUUGCAAUUCAAGGAAAUGUCUGAUCUAAAUAAAUACAGCCCUCCUCCCCAGUCCUCUGAUCUCUACAUGGCUGCUAGCAAACACUUUCAGCAAGCUAAAAUGAUACUGGAAAAUAUCCCUAACCCAGACCAUGAGGUCAACCGAAUUCUUAAAGUUGCUAAACCCAAUAUAGUUGUCAUGAAGUUGCUGGCAGGAGGUCACAAAAAAGAUUCUAAAGUUCCUCCAGAAUUUGACUUCUCACCUCAUAGAUACUUUCCAGUAGUGAAGCUUGUGUGAAGCAAAGAAUUAGGAGAACAAACAAACUGUAAUUUGUAUAUAAGAGCUGCCUUGGUAGACUCUUUUAUACUGUGCUCAAAAGGGACACAGUGCUCUUGGACAAAAGUACUGUUGUAUAGGGAGUAACAUUAUUCUGACUUCCACACAUCCUGAGUGACAACUGCUGUUUUAAAGUGGUUUGUGUAAUCUUUUACUGUUGGAGCUGAUUUUAUCAACCACAUUCAUUGUUGAAGCAUUGUAUGUUUUGGUUUUGUUGCAGAUUUAUCCAUAAAUCAUUUUUAUAAAUGGUGAUUGAACAUUUGUAAGCAUUUCAGAACACUCUGGCCCGCUUUGAAAGUACAAUGCAAUAAGGAAGCUGCUAUAGUCUGAUUAGUGAAAGCAGAACUCUGCUCUAAACAAAAACUGAAAUGCUCUGGUGAUGUGCUGCAUGUCUUUAUCAGAACUCAUCUCAAAUUUUAUUAACUUCCAAACAGAAUAUAUUCCACUUUUCAGCCUUGCAGAUUGGCUAAGCGUUAACUUUGGAAGGCAUAUGCUUUUAGAGUGUAAAAUCUUCAGAAGAAAUGGGGAGGCUGAACUCUGGUUCUCCAGAAGUGAUGAACACAUGUCAUAGUACAUUAUGCUGCCCUCUUGUGCCCUAAGGCAAGAAACAUAGACUGGUCUUUGUCUGUUGGCCACACACCCUUGCCAGUCCACUUCCUGUCUUGGCCCAGAGCAGACUUGUGUGUGCAAGACUCCCACCUGUCUACUUUAUUUCAGGCUUGUAAUUUGGUCUGUGUUUGUCUGUUAGUUUGCCUGAUUGUGUGUGAGUUUGGUCUUUGUCUAGUAAAUGUAGUUUUUUCUUGUCAGUGUUUUUUACCUCAGAUAUUGUCUCGUCCUUUUACUUUUGGUUUCUUCUAUUCCCAUUAUUCUCAUUUUUGCAAUUCCUGUCCCUUUUUUGUUUACUCCUUUUUGCUAGUUUGUGUGUUCAAAAAAGCGGGGGGGAUCCUGCAUUCAUUAUGCGUAUGUGUGUCCCCCACCCCAUGUGCUUCAGGCAGAGGGUGGAAAUGGACCUUAUUACUGCUCUGCUUAGUCAGUCCUCUACCAUGGGAAAGAUAAAUAAAAAGGCCACUGUGCUGCAAAGCCAGAUAUUGCUGGUGCCUCAUAAUCUCGCUUGUACUUCACCUGCUUCUGUGGCUGUUGUUGGAGCGACGGAAAAAAUGUUGGGUGCAAUGGCUGUAGUGGCUUUGGUGGGAACUGUCAGUAAGGUCUCUGAAAAUGUUUGCCGGUCCAGCUCGCUGUUUUCACGUCUUCCACAAGGACUAAGCCAACGACUAAAGUGCUAUCUAUAUUGCUGGAGUCUGUGAAGGUGUGGUAUUUGGGAGAACAAACACUACGCCCUGGCCAGUUACUACUAACAUACCCCUCCUGUCUCACGACUUACGACAAACAGGCAGUAGAGUUGCUCUCUGAUAAGGAUUGCAAGGCAUGCCUCAAAACACAAGUACAUGGAUGUAAUGUGGGGACUUUGCUUCAUCUAGUGAGGAAUUUACUAGCUUUCAGCCCUCGCCCAGACUCUACAACAAAAGGAGACAGUACCUAUAAGACAGCAGUCAUUUCAGUCAUUCUGGUGUGGUUGCUGUCUUUGGUUUGGAUCAUGGUGAGUCCUGUACAAUCUGUUCAGACAUUGCAGUUCAGUGAGGCAAUGCUGCAACAAAUAAGAAAGACAUUGCUGGGUCAUAUUUCAAAGUAGCUUGGUGGUUUCUCUACUAUGCCCAUUGCAAAAUACUGUGAUGCCCAUUUCUCAGUCAAUUCACACUCGGCCUAUCACUUUGGGUCAGACUGCUGUUGCUUAGCCCACUGCUACAUGCUUAGUUAAUAAUGCUCAACAUAAUAUUUCCCAAAGUCUAGAGGAAAACAUAUUCAGGCUUGUCCUGGACUAUCAGGUGUAUAAUUCCUCUUCAGAUGAUUGAGGUUGGAGAUUCUCCUGGUCCUCACUUUGUUCAAAGUGGUGGAGUCCAUAACUGUCAGCGUAGAGGAAGAGAUGCUGGAACAGGUCCAUCUUUGUCUACAUCAUGCUUCCAGGGAGAUGGCCAGAAUAAUCAACGAUCCAAGUUCAUCACAGGCAUUCAUCGCAAGAAGCCUGACCUGCACAGUUCUGACCCCAUCCAGUUGCCCAUGAGAGGAUGCCAACAACAUUUGGAUCAAGUUUGGUUGUCCAUUGCCAAUAACAGAUGGCUCCUGAAUUUGAUAAAUCAAGGACUGAAAUAGAACUGUUGUCUGUUUCUGCCUUCGCUGGUUUCCAGUUCCCUGGAGAAGAGAGCAAUAGUGCUAAGUGCCAUACAACAUAUUCUGCAAAUAGCAGCCAUCAAACUGGUUCUGUCAGAGGACUCUUCCUUUGGUAUUUACUCCAUAUUCUUCAUGAGGAACAUAUCAUGGUAGGUUGUUGUGGACUUCAAGUUUUGGAACCAGUUUGUGGUUUAGCAAAAAUGGAGACAUUGGUGUCAAAGUAGCACUUCAAUUAGGAUAUCAUUUUGCAUAAACAAAGUCAUUAACAGUAUCAGGCAAUGCCAUUCAGCCUGGCAUCAGCUCCUCGAGUUUUUACAAAAGUUAUGAUGAUGUUGGUGGCUUAUCUUCACCUCCAGAGUCUCCAUGUCUACCUGUAUCUGGAUGAUUUCCUUCUUUGGUCAUCAUCAGUCCAGAAGUCUGCCAUGGACAUUGAGGCAACACUGACAUGUUUGGCAGCAUGCUGGCUUUGUAGUAAACUUCAAAAAUAAUGUCAUUUGCAACAGACUCAAACAUAUACACCUGGGCAUGUUGCAGAAUAUACAAACUGGAAAGAGAUUUCCUCAGAUUAAAUAUUCAAAAUAAUAUCUGUCGUCAAGAAUAUCAUGUGUCUGACGUCAAUGAAACUACUGCACCUUGUAAAGAUUCUAGGUCUUCUGGUAUUAUCUAGUGCCACAGGCAAGACAUCAUACCAGAUCUCUUCAAUGGGCUUUUGCCUUUCCAGUCAGCUAUUGUCAACAAGCGACACCACCUUGUUCCUUUCAUGGCAGGAUUUCAUCUCUUUCUCCAAUGGUGGACUCAGGAAUCCAAUUUGAUGAGAGGUAUUCUGUUCUUGGAUCCAGAGAAAACAGUGGUUACCACAGAUGCCGGCUUUUCAGGUUGGGGUGCACAUUGUCAAGGGAGUUACAUCCAUGGUCAGUGGACAAAGAGCAAAUCAUGUCACAGCGUGGAUUGGUUGGAGUUGAGAGCAGCAAGGCUAUCUCUAUCACAUUACCAUUCUGUUCAAGCUGACUGAUGUCCUGUUACACUCAGACAAUACUGUGUUAACAGACAACAUGGUAUAAGAUCAAGAAGCAGUUCUGCUGAUUAACAACCAAACAUAUAAAGGGAGAUUCAAACAUUGAAGCCAACUGGUUGAGUCGCUCGUGUGUUCAAGCUAGCGAAUGGAAGCUAGCAACAAAUGUGCUUCUUCAUCUGCAGACAGUUUUCAGAUAGAUGGAAAUAAAUGUCUUUACCUCUCA